AUGUGCCACUCCGAUAGCACCCAAGCUGUUCCUUCAGCCCAGGACGGUCCAAAACCUCAACCCUGUGAUUGUGGGAGAGGAUAUUUCUGCCGUGAGCACGGCGACUGGAUCUCUGGCCCCGAGGUUGGUUCCGGGAUCGCGCCGAGCCGUGAGGACCAGAAGCAUGGGUUUUGCCCAGCAAACCACUACGAAGAUCCUAGUGGCAGGGAAAGCUAUGUUGGGCAGAGAGACGGUCUAGCAUUUUGA